AUGUGUUGCCAGCAGCAAUGGCGGUCUGAGCAAGGAGAGGAGGUGCUUCCUCAGCUAAAACGUGAUCGCGAUAGUGAAUGGAUAUCAAGAGCGAUGGAGUUUGAAAAAGCGUUAGAGGACACGAACCCGAAAAAAAGGCUUUGCUCUAUUAAGACAGUAGAGCAGCAAAAUAAAGAGAUGUUUACCUGUCAUCAAAACUGUCAACAGGAAUGUUUCCACAUCUUGCCGGUCCGACAAGCGCCAUCAGUCCCUGAACUCGAGCAUUUCCAACAAACAACGUAUACCUUGGUCAGCGAGGAGUCUUCGAGAGAUUCUGCUCAGUACCCAAAAAAAAAUAAAGAAUGGAAAGUCUGGCAGAGACGAUGCAAUUAG